GGAUAGUGCAAUCGUCACAACGCAACGCCCAAGUCACUGAAACCCUCCAACCCAAACCGAACGCCGCCGCACCGCCCGCUCCUCGUCGCCGCCGCCAUGCCGCCGCGCAAGCGCCCCCUAGAACCGUCCUCAGGCAUGCCACCGCCACCGGACGUGAAGCCCGUCAUCCCCGCGGCGAAGCCCGCCGCCGCUCCCGCCCCCGCCGACGCGCCGGAGAUACCGCCCAUCUCCGCCGCCAUCCUCAACAACCUGCCCCCGUCGGAGCGCGACGUCUACAAGCGCGUCUACCUGGCGGGCAACAAGGGCAUGUGGAGCCAGGACCUGCGGCGCGCGACGCAGCUGACCACGGCCAGCCUCAGCAAGUCCACCCGCGCGCUGGUCCAGCGGGGCAUCCUCAAGGAGGUCACGGACGUGCGCCACCGCGCCAAGAAGGUGUUCAUGGACGCGCGCAUCGAGCCCGCCCCGGAGAUCACCGGCGGCACCUGGUACCACAACGGCCAGCUCGACACCGACGCCGUCGCCGCCGUGCGCCGCAGGUGCCUCGACCAGAUUGACAGGCUCGGCGCCGCCACCCCGGACAUGGUCCACAAGGGCGUCGAGAGGGACGACCCCAGGGCCGGCUACACCAUCGACCAGAUCAGGGACAUCCUGCAGACCAUGGCGCUCGACAGGGUGCUGGAGGAGCGCAAGAGCACUGGGGAGGGCGAGUUCAGCGCCGUCAGGGCCGGAAGGGUCUGCUACCGGAGGGGCGGCGCGCCGCAGGGCGGUAUGAUGGAGGGGAUCCCCUGCGGGGUUUGCCCCAGGAUGGACGAGUGCUCGCCGGAUGGGGUCAUCUCGCCCACCACCUGUGUCUACUACAAGAAGUGGCUGCAGAUGGACUUCUAGCUAGGCGAGCUUAAGGAAGGUGAGCACAACAAAUCACCCGCAUGCUCAUGUACACAGGCUGCAUCGCUGGAGCCACCCACUUGCCAUCGCUGCAGAGGCCCGGGAGGUGCUUUAAAGCGUGUGCAGGCCACAAUGUAGAGCUAGCCCAGCCAUCCAAUUAUCAUGAUUGUGUUACCCGAAGGCCUGGCUAGCCUUCAUGCGAGGUACCAAACACGUACCAGGUAUUGCCUAUUAUUAUCUUGCAUUCCGUGAAGCCUUUUCUUGCCUAGAUUUACCAUUCCACACAUAUUGGUUCUGGGUAAACUUGCGGGUAGUACUUUUGCUAUCACUGCUGAAAGGUUUGUUCUGUUGAUAAGUGAAAGCAAUUGAAGUCUUUAGGCAUUUUUUUGUUGUCUAUCUGUUGGUGUAGGCCCUUACCCUUGUAAUUGUUGAAUUUGAGUUUGACUAGUGUCUUGUUGCUUUGUCAAUAAGGCAUAGGUGUCAUAUGUACAUCUCUCUGUAGGAUUGUUUAAUUGGUGGUCGAUUGUGUUCUCACAUAACUUGUUGUUUAUUAAUGGAAGUAGGCCCUUUCUGAACUAGUAACGUGCAGGAAUGUUUAAUUAGUGAUCGAUUGUGUUCCUUUCACAUAACUUGUUUGUCUAUUAAUGGAAGUAGGCCCUUUCUGAACUGGAAACAGGGUUAAGGCUGUAUUCAGAUCACUGGCACGAAUUGUGUUACUAUCAUACUACUAUGACAGUCCACAAUUGAUGACUGUAGUGUGCAUCUGUCAUCUAAACAGUUUGUCUGAUUUUCCUUC